ACAGGAAAUCUGUCAUCUCUGUGGUUUUGUGUCAAGGAAACAGAAGCAAGUAAAUCUUACUUUUUUCAGAAUACAAAGAAAUUUCUAACAUAAGCAAGGCACCUUCACCCAAGCAAAACGGAUCUGAUCUGAAGACUUUUAAUUUGAUUUAAACAGAACAUCAAGAUAAUCUACAACUACCGAGACACUGGCAUGAAGAUGAUGCAGUUUUCUCUACAUCUUGUAAUACUGUUUGUUGCCUUCAGUUGUAAAGCAGAAGUAAACCAGACAGAUUUUGAUGGUCUCAACAGUGAGACAAUUUCGACAUAUAUAAAAAACUCUUCUGAUGUUCAAAGCUACUCCUUUGGUGAUAAAAAUUCUAUACAUGUAAGUAAAAAUAGAAAUCUGCUAAUAAAACAGGGCUCCAGAACAACUGAAAGCACACGGAUGACAACAGUCACACAUAAAAUGGCACCAUUAACCACUGGAACAGAGCAAAGUAGCAAAACCCAUACCAUGAACAUCAUUUCCAACAAUAGAUGUACCUGGAAAGAGGAGAAAUAUAAGACUGGAAUAAUGAUAUGUAUCAUUAUAAUAGCGCUGUUAGUGCUGAUUUGUGCAGUGUUGAUCAUAUGCUCGGUGGCACUGGCAAAUAAAAUAUCCAGACUUAAAAAGAAGCUCACACAAACAAAGCGUCAGGCAAGGAGCAAUGGAGACUUUCUAAGUGCUUCCAGUAUUCUGUGGCCAACGGGAAUGGAAACAUGGCAAAGAAAAGCUCAGGCAGCAAUGGAAACCAUGGAUGAGAUUGCUUUGGGAGAUACAAGUAACUCCUCUGACGAUGAGAAACACAAGCUCAUGGCAACUCAAGCACUAGAAAAAUCAAUAGAGACUAAAAUGGAGGACAAAACCACAGACUCAACAACUGAUGAAAUCAUUACAACAGUAUCCACAGUCGAAGUCUAAUAUUAUUUUAUGUUGAUACGAAUUUUAUCAAAUGAGAUCAUUAACCUGAAAAAAUCUAGUAAUACAUGUUGUGUACAAUAUAAAUAAAACAUCUUUUUGUCAUUA